UGGACUGAUUGGGGGAUGGAUGCCGAGGGUAAAUACCGACGUCACGUACGGGAUCAUUAGCCAGAUAUCCUUAGUUCCACGACGAUCCUCUUACCGCUGACAUCAUUAUCCAAACGUUCUCUUAGAAGGAGGUUGUUGAUCCUGUUUUGCCCAUUAACUUUUUGCUUCUUUCUUCACCUCGUCAUUCACCUCGUCAUUCAGUGUUCAAUGAAAUUCCACGGUGUUGACUGGAAAUAUUUUUCCAAUUAUUUUUAGUGUUGUGUUUGGCUUAAGUUUCAGUGUUAUAAAAAAUAGAGAUGAUGGAAAAUUAUUGAAAGAAUUGAAAAGCAAAAGAUGGAUCAAGAUCCGACGGACGUGUCGGACAGGAGUGAGUCAAACCACUCGGAGGUGCGUGCUUUUCAGGGCUACGAAAAACUAAAGGAACUCAAUUUAACAGUGGACAAAAAUAAGGAUGACACUUUCAAGAAAGACUUCAUGGAGGGCAGAUCUCAUUCCGUGAGAUUUGACGAGUUCAUAACGGAUGCAAGUGAAUUGGCAAUGGCACUGAACAAACCAAAGGAUUUUAAUUUCCUAUCCGAUCAAAUUCGCUACGGAGUAACAAGAAAUUCGACUGGUGAUGAAAUAUCCGAACUAGAUAAUUUAUCGAGAAAUAAAGAGCUUUCGAAUCAAAAGGACGUGGUAUUUAACAUUCGUCAGAAGAAUAAUUCUUCUCUAGACAGAAAUAACAAGGAAAUUCUCAUGGAUAGAGAAAUAAAGGAUUUUGGAAUUUUGAAAAAUUAUAAUUUGGAAAGGAUGAAGGAAUUUAAUUUAUCGUUCGAUAGGGUGAGGGAUAAUAAUUUGGGUAUUGAAAGACUCCGAGGGAAUUCCUUAAUGGAAAAUCCCGGAAUUCUGGAGUCCAGUGAUUAUAUGAAUUUACAAAUUCAACAGAGGAAUCCUGAUUUGGAUGCCUUAACUUACGAGAGGAUGAGGAGAUCACAUCUCUUAACCACUGAUUUGUCGACACAGAGUAUUGCCACUCAGCGUUCAAGAUCGGUUAGUCAAAGUCAAUAUCAACAUCAACAACAGCAGGUGAAAUCUUUUACGAUCGAUGCAAUUUUGGGCUUGAGAAAUAAUCAGAGGGAGAAGCAUCAAAAAGGACAUCAUUCCUACAGAAAACAUCAAGGUCAAGAAAGUUCGACGAAAGGAAGUUCAUCCAGUUCUUAUUCUAACGGAGGUGGAAAAUUAAAGAGGGUAAGAACCAUUUUCACCGCCGAACAAUUGGAGCGUUUAGAAGGCGAAUUUGCCCGACAACAAUAUAUGGUCGGACCCGAGAGACUGUAUCUAGCACAUGCUUUACGAUUGACAGAAGCUCAAGUCAAGGUUUGGUUUCAAAAUCGUAGAAUAAAGUGGCGAAAAUUAAAUCACGAACAACAAAGUCAACGAUUACACGAAUUUCAUCAAACUUCUCUGACGAAUUUAGAUCAGGACGACAGUAACGAGGCGAGUGAAUGGCAAAAGUGA